UUUUUGUCCAUUUUUAAGCUUUUUUAUUUUGUUUUCAUUUUCAAUUUUUCAGAUAUGGAUUCAAUAAAAGACUUUCCCAACUUAGAAACAGCCUCCAAAAAAUUACUCCGUUCAUUAGAAACAGCAAAUUACCUCUACACUCAUUUAAAUAAAUUGGAUCAAGCAAAGAAGGCAGCAAGUAAAGAUGAUGCUACCAAAACAGCUGAAAACAAAGAAAAAGAGGCUAAACCUGAAGAAGGGACUAAAUCGGAGGAUUCCAAUUUUUCAAUCCAAAAUUCUCCAAAUUUUGAAAAACAAGUAAAAAUGGUGGAUGAAUUACGCUCACUAUGGGGGCAAUUAAGUGAUUGUUUAACUCAAUUAGAGAAAAUGCCAGACUCUCAUCAUGCUAUUCUUGCUCUUCAAAAUGCCGCCGAAGCAUUCUUUCUUUGUUAUUCAAUGUUCUUUCCUCAAUCACCAAAACCAACUUCAGCAAAAGAACAAACUACAACAACUUCUACUGUUGACAAUUUACAAAGUUUAACUCAACCACAAUCUACUUCAAUUAAUUCGCCAGAUUCGCAACCAUCAUCGACCGUUUGUUUAAAUGAUGCUAAUUCUUAUCAAAAGGAAAUGUUUGCGUUUGCAGAAAAGCAUCGUUCAGUUUUGAAUCAAAUUCUUCGAGGAAAUAAUCAAAGUUUGGAAAGCAAUGCCUUUGCCAUUCUUACACAUUUUCCCAAAUUGUUGGAUUUUGAUGUUAAACGAAAAUAUUUUCAUAAAGAACUCAAAAAAGUUGACAGUCGAGACAGAAAUCGUUACCGAGCAGAAGAUAUUGCUAUACGUGUCCGUAGAAGCCAUAUUUUUGGGGACAGUUUUCGUGAAUUACAUCGCUUACGCAAUUCUGAUUGGCGUUCUCGUUUUUAUAUAAUGUUUGAAGGGGAAGAAGGGCAAGACGCUGGUGAGAAAUUUUUUUAGAAUUUUUAUUGUAAGAUUUUACUU